AUGGGAACACCGUGUUCUAGUGUCCUUCUACUGCCUAUGUACACAUGCCGCCGAGAGGAGACCCUAGGAGGCCCCUACGACGAACUCCUCCUCGUCCCCGGAAAUUUCAGCGUCCCCCAGCCUACAUCCAACAACACCUCACGUAUCAAAAUCCCCAAGAAGGCCCAACGGAUAUCCCGCAUCUACGUCUCCCAACGUACAACUACCUACAACGGUCGUUUAAACUGGAACAUCCCCAAACACCUCGCCCGCUUCUCCUUCUCCUCCCCGCCCACAGCUCCAGGUCAAACUCCCCCAUCCUCCCUCACCGUGCAAGUCUUCCCUCCCGGCACCAAAGAUGGUGAUGGCGGAGCACCAUUCUUCGCUUGUACCUUGAAGCCGUGGAAAUGGGUUCCACCCAUCCCGUUGAACACGAAAUAUCUACCGCUCAGUAUGGCGGCUGCGCAACCUCCUCUUCCGAGUGCGCCAGGGUAUGAGAAGGCAGUUAAGGAGGUGAUUGAAGGAUCGGAGGUGAAUGACUAUGAUGUUGAUCCUAAGAAGGCAGAUGCAGUGCUUGUGGGUACAGAGAAGUGGCGUGCGUUUGAUAUUGCAGCGAUUACGCCGAGGGCGAGGGGCUGCUGGGUCGAAGUGCAUGAGAAAGGGCAGGCGGAGGUCGAGGUGGAUGGGGAGAAGAUUUGGUGGCCGAGGGGUUUGGGGACGUGGAGUGUUAGUCUGUCAAUAGCUAUACUCCUCGAUAUUAUGACCUUGCCGCUCCCGUACGACUUUGGCUGGACAGUUAAACUCAUCCGUCGCGAUGUACGAAACCUCCGGACGCGGUAUAAGACGAGAUUGAAGCACAAGUCCAAGCGUGGCAAGGUCGCGGAGAGCGCUUCACUGCAUCAAUCACACGAAGCUGAGAAAAUGACGGAGCAUGCCAGCGAAGGCAGUGUAUACUCCAAAGCGCCACAAGACGUUCUUGAAUCCGGCAGCGAGAAGUGCCUCACUACACUUUACGGACUCUUGGAAGGAAGGCUUAGAGCCGCGUAUGCAUCCCGCGAUCGAAAUGCAUCACAUGAGGAUCGCUGGAGAUUUCGCGGUAGUUGGUUACUGCUAUACAAGGCCAUCCAGGUCUGCCCUUCGAAUGACAACUGCGAUGCCCACCGAUACGGCGCGCAGGAUGCAUAUGAGAAAAGGAUGCUGCUGGAGAUGCUCCAACUGAGCACUGAACGGGCUCAGUAUUUUCUACACAAGGUCAGCAAGAUGUCUGCUGUACCGUACACUCGAGACGACAGCGAUCAUCGUCGUUAUGACUCCAUGCUUAGCGGCGCUACGACACUCACACCUACGCCCUCUACAGCGCAGAUCUGGUUGUCUAUCCUUGAGGCCACCGACGAUGCGACAAAGAUCGUACCCAUGGCUGAAGAGCUUCUACAGUAUAUCUGGUCAGAGAAAAAGGCUCUCGACAUUAUUGAGCAGAUCGGAGAUCCCCACGAGAAGUUUUCCAAUUCCGAUGACGCUGAACUCCGUCUCAAACUCCGAGAAUCACUAUGUCGGAGUUCAUAA